AUGGCUGGCUUAUUCGGUAAUAUUGGUGCUUCUUUUAUUGACAAUGCUGCUGAUCGUUUUGUUGAUAAUUUUAUACCAGGAAAUGGUUAUUUUGGUGGUGUUGCCCAAACUGGUGUUAACCAAUGGGUGAAUAAUGAUAUAAAUUCAAACUUAUUCGGCGGAGGAGCUUUGGGUAGUGGAGGGUAUGGUUAUGGAGGAUAUCCGGGAGGCGGAUUUGGAGGAGGAUAUGGUGGAAAUUAUGGCGGAUAUGGAGGAUAUGGAGGUGGAGGUGGAUUCGGUGGAGGAUACGGUGGUGGAUUUUGGUAA